AACAGAUGUACUACUAUGCCACUGCUGAUGUCAGUUACAAUUACUUCACACCCGCGUCUCUGAGCGCUGCAUCGUAGACUUGACAAUACAAUUUACCUGAAGCUGACGGAACCAAUGCAGAGACGGUGAUCUGUGACAAGCUUAGUCACUCUAAAUUUUAGAUGUAGAAUAUAUAUUUAAAACAGUCUUGCACUCCUCGAUACAUCUAUAGGGAUGUCGCCUUUCGCUGGUUACACGGCAGAACCAGGCGCCAAAUGUUGCCCAUGUGCAAAUGCAUUCACCCUAAAAUGCACUAGCCACGCGCGGGCGCUUCCAGCUGGGCUUCGGGGCCGAUGGUUCGUCAAUUGCGGAGCCGCAAUGGCAGCCUUUUACUCAGUCCUCCUGGCAUGUCUCCUCCUAUUAGUCUCUGGGGCGGAGCCGGACUAUUACAGCAAGCUGGUAACCCUUUCUAGCAAUGUGCAUGGCGUAGUGACCAAGCAAGGACCCCUCCCUGCCGAGCGCUACGAUGAUGCGCUGUUCAAUCACACCGCGUUUCGGGAGUGGCUGCUCCAGAAGGUCAUCCUAAAGCAGGAUCCGCCGGGUCCAGCUCCCAUGUCGUACAAAUGCGGCGUCUUCGUCAACCACAACUACAAACUCAUUUUCAUCCGCAACCGCAAGGCCGCGUCCACGACCGUCCUGGACACCUUCAAAGUCGCGUGCAAGUCGCAAAGCAAGCUGCUCUGCAUGAAGCCUUUCGACGCGGCGGAGCUCAAGCAGCACAAACUCACGCACGACGAAAUGUGGCGCACCUACUACGUCGUAUCCUCCACCCGCAACCCCUGGGCGCGUGCAGCCAGCGGCUACGAUUACACGCAGGACAGGUGGCCCUCCCCCAAGAAGGGUGUGUGCCAGCAAAUUCCCUUCCGCCAGUUCUGCGCCGACCCCUACCUCAUGGGCAAGAUGGCGAACCUCUUCAGAUGCGGCACGCAGAGCUCCUUCCGCGGUGACGACGCAUGGGCCUACGACUUCUACCACAUAGAGCCCGCCCACCACUGCAUGACGGACGCCAGCGGGACCGGCCUGUCCGUGGACUUCCUCAUACGCUACGAGCACCUGCACCAAGACUUUGCGCAGCUGGUGGAGCUGCUCAACCGGCGCCGCGACCCCGCGCUGCCGGAGAUCCGCGGUGGCCGCAUGCGCUGGAUGAAGCAGGGUGUGCAUGUGCAGGCAGCCCGCAACAACGCCUCGCUGACAGCAGCAACUGGUGGGGGUGGGGGUGACGAUAGCGGCAGCAGCGGGGAUGGUGGGGAGGGAGGAGGAGGAGGUGAGGGCGGAGGAGGGGGCAUGUGGAAGGAGGAUGCGGCGGCGCUGGUGUCCGCGGACCGUCAUGCGGUGAAGUACCGGGGUUGCGGCAUGGGGUGUGUGCGCGACAUUGCGGGCUUCUUUGCGAGGGACUUGGAGGUCAUGAAGCUGCAGAUGCCGCCGCCUGCAGAGCCGGGGACACGUUAGGAUAGUGGAAUGAGGUAAAGUGGGGGUGUUCAGUUGGGGCGUGAAUAUUGAAAUUAUAAUCACCCUGAUGCUGUUGGGGGGUGGUAAAUAAACCGCAAGUACAGUAACCGUAUAAACGACUUGGGCGGAAACAGCAUCAACCGGGCAGCGCAGACAGCGCAAUGCUUCAGCAGUCGCAGGAGCGUACUUGCUGGGAGGAGGGCUUUACGGUCGGCUGGGGGGGGGAGCGGGGGUCGGAGGCCCCGCAAGCUCCGGUGCCCCCUUCAUGUGCUCCCGGGUGGCGAGGUCAAAGACGAUACCGGCACCAGACCAUGGGAGUGGGGUCAGCAUGUGGUGCACCGGAGCACAACCAACCUCUGCGUGCGUGCAUACAUGCAUGGCAACGAAGUGUAAGGUUACUGCCGGUGCCCUAAAUACUGGCGUAGGUGGGGCAGUAGCUGUCCCUGGCAGGAUCCACAAGCGGCAUCCCGAGCUCCUUAACCCCCUCCCGCAUCGGCUUACUAAUGCAAAACUCACAGCAGC